CUAACAACAAGCAAACGCUUCUUAGCAACCACCUCAAUAAACAGCAGCCCGAUGGAUGAGACUGUGAAACCCCUGAGGAUUCCUCCCCAGAUGUCCGUCUACGCUGACAAACACAACAUCUUCCACCUGGAGCAGAGCAUGCUGUCCAGUCUGGUAAUUGAUCAGCCUGAAGAUCCAAUCAGUUACCUGAUCAGUCUGCUGAGGAGAAGCAACGUGGACAUUCCCAGGGUCCUGCUGCUCGGUCCUCCUGCUGUUGGGAAGCAAACAGUGGCCAAAAAGCUGAGUGCUGAGCUGAGAGCUGUCCAAGUGACCACAGACAGUUUACUAGAGGGCCAAUCAGAGCUGAGUCUACAGGCACGCCAAUACACACUCAAAGAGCAGGAGCUUCCUGCUGAGCUGCUGGUCAGACUGAUCCAACAGAGACUGAAUGAGAUUGACUGCUUCAACAGGGGCUGGGUGUUGGUGGGGGUCCCUCAGACUCGUCUGCAGGCUUUAAGUCUACAGCAGGCCGGAGUCAUCCCUGAACAUGUUGUGGUGUUGGAAGCUCCUGAUGAUGUGUUGUUGGAGAGGAGUCGGGGGAAACUGGUCGACCCACUGACAGGAGACAUUUACCAUCGGACCUUCAUCUGGCCGGUCGACGACACCGUCGCUCAGCGUCUGGAGGAGGCCCGGAUCCCGUCAGAGACACAACUAUUAGCUGAGCUGCAGCGUUACCGCUGUGAAGGCACAGGGCUGAACUCAGCCUAUCAGCACGUCCUGAAGAUUAUCAACGCUGACCAACCACACGCUGACAUCUACCAACAAGUGCUGGCUUUUGUCCGGACUCGUCGUCGCUCAAUAACUCCCAGAAUCCUCCUGUUGGGUCCACCUGGGUCGGGGAAAAGUCACCAGGCCAGACUGCUGUCAAAGAAAUACAAGAUGGUGGAUGUGUGUGUGGGUCAGCUGUUGAGGUCUGUGGCUGAUGGUUGUUCAGCUCUGGGAGAAGAACAAUCAUAACUGGAUGAUGGGAGACCAGUUCCAGACUCCAUGGUGCUGCAGGUUCUGGAGGAACGUCUGAGCCGAGUGGACUGCAGCUGCAGCGGCUGGAUCCUUCACGGCUUCCCCCACGACCUGCAGCAAGCCAAGAGCCUGCAGGAGUCCCUGCAGCCCAACAGAGUUUUCUUCCUGGAGUUGACAGAUGAUGUUUGUCUGGAGAGAAUCACUCUCAGAGCUACAGAUCCAGUCAGUGGAGAGAGGUUCCACGCUAUGACUCGACCGGCUCCGAGCUCUGAGGUCACAGACAGACUGAAGACCAGACCUGAGGACAGCACAGACACUGUAACACACAAACUGAGUCAGUACAGGAUACAUUCUGCUGUCCUGCAGGCUGUAUAUCCAGAUGCAUGUCAUAUUGAUGCUGAUCAGGAUCCUCACUCUGUGUUUGAGGCUCUGGAGAGCAGACUGACAGCUUACUGACAGUGGAGACACCAGAAGACACAUAGUUUUGGGAGACAGGAAGUGGAGUGACUGCUAUUAUUCUUCUCUAAAUCUUCCCUUCAUCUUUUUGUAAAUGUUCUUGGUUUGUUUUAAUACAAAUACAAAGUUUUUUACUUUCA